UUUUACUUAAAAAUAUAUUUUCUAUAUUCAUUCACAGAUAUUAUCAAUCGAAAGAGGCUAUAUAACCGACACAUCUCCCAGUCCUGUUAAGCUCAGCUAAACACUCUUCACAAUACAAAUCCCUGUGCACUGCAAGUCAGCAUGUUUGCACACACACGGAGCUUUGCAAGCUGGAGACUGUAGUCAGGUUCAGUCAAGAGCCACAAACCCCAGUGAUUACACAAUGUGGACAAGAACCACAUAGCCCAGCAUGACUUUCUACUGCUGCUUUUUUAUCCAGCUGUUACUGGGUGAACUGAGACGGUGACCAAUCGGAUGGUAAUCUUUUAUUUCUGACACAUGCCUUGAAAAGUAUAUUAUGGGCUCUUAUUUCAUAAUUUAGAUCAGAGGAAAAGUUUGGGAUUCACUAAAUUGCACCUGUUGGUUUUGGACCAAUAAUCUGGGAUUGUCUGGUAUUUCUGAUUUUGCCAGCACACAGGUAAAAACCUUUUUUCUGUGCCCUGUUUAAUUUAUUUGUCUGUACUGUUAUUUUAACACGACUUGUGUAUAUAUAUAUAUAUAUAUAUACACCCCAAUGAUCAUCAACAAAAUGUAGAAGUUUAAUGUCAGUUCAUUUUGAUUUUUCUAAGGACUGCUACUAGACAUGCAACCGGGGGUCUGUAUGCCCACUGCAGCUGCGCUGGGCUUGUUUUGCCGAGGUUGUCUCAGCAGGGCGCGAAGUUUGCCCGGUGGCAGCCUGAGCUGUUUGCCCAGGCAGAUGAGCAGGUGGAACAGCCUGGAGACCGGCAGCCCCAUACCUAUUCAGGAAAACCCUCGUAUCCUCAUCACAGGUGGUCUUGGGCAGUUAGGUGUGGGACUGGCAGAGAUGCUGAGGAAACAGUAUGGAACGGAGAAUGUAAUCCUGUCAGACAUUAAGAAGCCUCCACCUCAUGUUAUCAGAAGUGGUCCAUUUGUGUACGCUGAUGUGUUGGACUACAAACACCUCCGGGAGCUGAUUGUAAAUUAUCGUGUCACUUGGCUGGUCCACUACAGUGCUCUGCUUAGUGCUGUGGGCGAAGCUAAUGUGGCUUUGGCACGCAAGAUCAACAUCACAGGCCUUCAUAAUGUGCUGGACUUGGCUCUAGAGAGCUGCCUGCGCAUCUUUGUCCCCAGCACCAUUGGAGCGUUCGGCCCCUCUUCUCCACGUGACCCGGCCCCUGACCUCUGUGUCCAAAGACCUCGAACCAUCUAUGGCGUGUCCAAAGUGCACGGAGAACUAAUGGGGGAGUAUCUCCAUCAUAAAUAUGGUCUGGACUUCCGCUGCCUGCGGUACCCAGGUGUGAUAUCAGUCAGCACCCCCCCCGGAGGAGGAACAACAGACUAUGCCGUUCAAAUCUUCCACGACGCCCUGAGCACGGGUCACCACGAGUGCUACCUGCGUCCCGACACCCGCCUCCCCAUGAUGCAUAUCUCUGACUGCCACCGCGCCACCAUAGAGUUCAUGCAGGCUCCAGAGUGCCAGCUGUCUCUGCGUACCUACAACAUCGCCGCCAUGAGCUUCACUCCAGAAGAGGUGGCGCAAGAAAUCCGCAAGCAUCUCCCUCACCUCAAGGUCACCUACAAUCCCGACUCUGUCCGCCAGACCAUCGCAGACAGCUGGCCCGUGAGGUUUGACGACACCAAUGCCAGGAGAGAUUGGGGCUGGGCACCAGUCUUCCGGCUUGAGGAGCUGGUGUCAGACAUGCUGCGCUCCAUUCGAGACAAGAGGACAUACGAGGGUUUGCCAGUCAGCUAGCGAAAACCUGCUCCACAAAGACUGAUCAGCGCCCUGGCCCUGACUUCUUCUCCAGCCUGCAUUUACCAGCGAUACACUUCCUUUCACUUCACCUUCACAUGUCGUCAACCUGUAUCCCCCGUUACUCUGGAACAUUACAGCAAAAAGCCAGGGACUGGUUGUAAAGUAAAGUGGGAAUUCACAGUCUGAUGAUCUCAAUAUACAGUGGACAGUGAGAUGUCACACACAUGCACUCAAACACACAUCUCAGUCUUUUUCAGGGAAUAAUAUACCGUCAAACUUUCCCUUAAUCUUUGUCAUUUUUAAUCGUUAGCAUGGGAUAAGCAUCACUUUACACAUGUUGCCUCAGAAGGAACAACAAAGGACUUCAUAGAUUUCCGAAUGUCAUGUGACUCACAUCAAUGGACACAACAGUUUGUUACAAUGUCUAUGAAAAUGUCUAUUACAAUAUGGACCAGUUACACAUUUAUAGUAACAAAUCUGUUGUACACUUUGAUUCAAGGAUUAUCUGGAAUGGCUGGCUCAGUUAACUCUCAACUGUAUUUAUUGACUCACCACAUAUUCUGGCUGUUUUCAAAAGCCAGUCUUUUAUUAUAUAGUCUAUCAAGUGACUAUCACACACUGUAUACAACCACACUACCCUUGCUGUGGCAUCUAACAAGAAACCUUUAUUUUGCCUUUUUUUUUUGCCAGCUGUGUGAUUUUAGUUAUGAAUGAGCACCUAUAACAAAUGAAGCCUUAUUUACUGUAGAUUGCUUUGGAAAGCAAUGUUUAAAAAAUGCAGUGUACUUUUGAAUCAGACCUUGAUUAUUAAAAAUGUUAUUUACCCAAACAGCAGUGAUUAAGUUGAAUUGUUGACCUUCAUUUAGAAAGUAACUUUACUACUGAUUGGGCCACAUUGAUAUUUAGGGUGAUGCUGAUG